AUGAUGAUGUUGGUGCUCAACAGGCUUGUUGGGUAUUUACUUACAACUUCUUUUAUUUUGUUUGUUAUUGGAAGUGUUAAUUACACUUGUUUGCCAUUCUUUUGUGAAUAGAGUACACACUAAAAGGAAUUGCCCCCUUGUUGGAAUGAAGGGAUUUAAGUGUGCUGUUGAGCUUACAUUGUUUCAAUUCUGAUCAUUCAUAGGUAGUCCUUGACAUUAUAUAAUGCCUAGUUACAUUACAGAACGAUAUCUAAAGUAAUGACAUUUUCACAGUGAUGGAAGUAACCAACUCUACCUUAUAUUUUUCGCGAAGCAAUUAUGAAGAGUAUGUUAGAGAAUUCUCAAAGCAAUUCGUUCAACAUCUUCCUUCUAGAGUUGAUACUUGCAUGGCAUCAAUAGUAAAGGUUUUCGAUGCCCCUUGGCCAGUGAUCCAAGCAAAUGCUAUAUACUUUUUUAGCAGUAUGCUGUCUUUUUCAGAUGAUGAACACAUUUUGGCUCCUCAUUUUAUGCAGAUGUUUGGAGUGUUGGUGGGUAAAAUGAGCCGCUCAUCGGAUACAGUUGUUAGAGCAACAUGCUCUUCUGCAAUUGGUUUGCUGUCGAAAUCCACUAAUUCAAUCUCGUGGAGAGCUGAUCGAGUGGAUUCGAAUUCAAAUCGGAGGGGGAAUGAUUAAUGAGUUAUGCUGUUAAGUCUUGUUCUGCCUCUCGAAAAAGCAGGAAGGAGUGAUGGACCUGUAUGGUAUGUUUGUUAAUUUAUGUUGAAUGUUAAAGCUUUUAUUGUUAAAAUUUGUAUAGUUGCUGGCGAGUAAUUUGUAAAGCUUUCUAUUAUUAAUGCCAGUUAUUGUAAAUUAUGUGAGCACGACUUUGUUUGAUCC